AUGAAGUCUCAUAUUACUGAAUAUAGUUGUCAGUAUACAGACCAAUUGAGGAAAAAGCAUAAAAUAUGGCAUGAUGGUAAGUUAAAAUAUUUUCAACUGAAUGGGAGAUUUAUACUGUAUACUGAGGCUGAUAAUGUCGUGCUAGCUAGUGAAUUCAUAACGAGUUCUAAAGAUUUAGAGAAAAUACUGAAUCCUGAUGAGUUUGGGGUGGCUGAACAUCAUAUUUUUAGCAAGUUCUUAAUAAUCAUUUCUGAUAUCCUAUGCACAUACGACAAAGAAGUCCAAAUUAAUGCUUUUAAAGACAAAAGAAGCAUUUCAGAAAUAGGGGGUACAACAAUGGCAUCCAGUAGAAAACUGAAAUAUGAUGAAUCUAACGAAGCUUCAAUGCCUGCCAGAGCUACGCCAAGCCCUACUCACAGUAGUAAUUCCAAUUCUUUGAGCCUGGCAUUAAAGUUUAAUAGGCCUUUCAAACCCCCUAAAAGAAUUAGCAAGGUCACAACGGGGGCCAAUUUGAAUAGACCCAGCAUACGAUCAAAGAGAGUUGACGAAAAUACCAAUUUGACAGUUGACCUAAAAGGCCAUAUGUCAAAGAUUAUUGAUCCAGUUCGACAUGAGCCAACUGUUCCUACAUUACUUCAAAAUUUUAUAGAUAAAGAGCAACUGCAUCGUUUUAGAGUAAAUUCUAGUUCAAAACUUCGAGUAAUUAGGUGCAAUCCGAUCAUCCUUUAA